CAAACAGUAAUUAACAGCUUUAAGCACACUCUUAAAUAAUGAGCAGAUAAUAAAAAAAGAUGGUUAGAUUCAAAUAUUCAAUGAUUUCAAUGUGGCGAGUUUCUUCCCUCUUGUUCUUCCUCCUAGCAGCAGCAGGAACGAUCUUAGAGCUCGGCAACAGCCAUAGCUGCAAUCCAAUCGAGAAGGAGGCUCUUCUGAAGGUCAAGGACGAACUUGAAGAUCCUUCAGGCCGGCUCGCAUCUUGGCGCGGCGGCGGCGAUGGCGAGGAAUGUUGCAGCUGGUAUGGAGUCGUCUGCGACGGCCUCACCGGCCAUGUCACCGAACUCCGUCUUAGAACUCUUUCCAGGAACGAGUAUUCUUCAUCCGCUGAGUUUGGAUACUUUUUCUAUGAUGUUUACUACGAGAAAUCGGCUUUUGGAGGUAAUCUCAGUUCUUCGCUGGUUAAUUUGACGCAUUUGGAGUAUCUAGAUCUGAGCAACAAUGAUUUUGGAGGGAUUGAGAUUCCUAGGUUCAUUGGGAGGAUGGAGAGUUUGAGAUAUCUUAACCUAUCCAGUUCAGGAUUUGGAGGGAUGAUUCCUCACCAGCUGGGAAAUCUCUCGAAUUUGCAGUGUUUGGAUGUAGCAUGGAAUGAUUUGCGUGUUGACAGUUUACUUUGGCUGUCUGGUCUUAGGUUGCUUAAAUUUCUUCGAUUAAAUGGCCUGAUCCUUAAUGAUGCACAUGACUGGUUAGAUGUGAUGAACGCACUCCCUGCUCUUGUUGAAUUGCACUUGUCGGGUUGUCGGGUUGAUCCUAUUCGAGUAAUUCCCACUGUGAACUUUUCAUCACUGACCACUCUCGAUUUAUCGGGAAACAGUCUUCAUGAAAUUCCCGGUUGGAUUUCUAGGCUAGCAUAUCUCAGUUCUCUGGAUCUGUCACGGAACCAAUUUGUUGGUUCCGGCCUUAUUCCUCUUCUCAACAUGACCACAGUCAAAGAGCUUUCCCUAUCUGGAAACUAUGGUUUGAACUCUUCCAUAUUCAACUGGUUACAUGAGUUUACCCAGCUUGAGCGUCUUGAUUUGUCGGGUAACAGUCUUGGAGGCAGAAUUCCAAGUUCCAUUGGAAAUUUGAGUUCCCUUAUCAGCUUAGACUUGUCUGGCAAUAAUCUCGAGGGAGGGAUUCCCACUGCCAUUGGAAACUUGACUUCCCUUGAAACUCUUGACCUGUCAAGUAACAGUCUUGAAGGAGGGAUUCCAAGUGCCAUUGGGGAUUUAAGUUCUCUUACCAGACUGGACUUGUCUAAUAACAGACUUGUAAUAGGAAUUCCAACGCGGUUCAAAAAUCUUUGCAGCUUGAGGUCACUCAUACUGUCAAACAAUGUACUGAGGCAAGACAUAAAUGAGAUCUUGGAAAUUCUGUCUGGAUGUGUUUCCAACACACUUGCGACACUAAUCUUGUCUUCUACUCAACUAUCUGGUCAUUUGACCAACCGUCUUGGUAAGUUUAAGAAUCUGGGCUACUUGGAUGUUAGUGGCAAUAUGAUAUCUGGUCCAAUUCCUGAGAGUUUAGGAGCCCUGAAUUCCUUGGUAAGUCUAGACCUUGGGGGCAACAAGAUGAAUGGGACUCUGCCUGGAGGUUUUGGGAUGCUUUCGAACUUGAGAGAAGUGGAUAUUUCUGAUAACUCGUUUGAGGGUGAAGUGUCUGAAAUCCACUUUUCAAACCUUAUUAACUUGAGGACAUUUAAGGCAUCUGGCAACCGACUAGCUUUGAGAGUGAACCCUGAUUGGGAUCCUGCUUUUCAACUUAUUUCGAGCAUAUAUUUGAAAUCUUGGCGAGUUGGUCCUUCUUUUCCAGCUUGGGUUCAAUCCUUGAAAUAUUUAGCAUAUAUUGACUUGUCCAAUUCAGACAUUUCUAGUACCCUACCCACUUGGUUCCUUGAUUUUUCUUCAAGGCUUUAUCAGUUCAAUAUAUCUCAUAACCAAAUGCAUGGAAAUGUCCCAUACUUAUCGAUUGAUGACUCUGAUUACUCUGUGAUUGACUUGAGUUCAAAUCGUUUUGAAGGUCCUAUGCCAUAUAUAUCUUCAAAUCCAUUUGGGCUAGAUCUUUCCAAUAACAAGUUUUCUGGGUCAAUAUCUACCUUUUUAUGCCACAAGUCCAGGACUAUAGAAGUUCUUAACCUUGGAGAAAAUCUUUUCUCAGGAGAGAUACCAGAGUGUUGGGGGAAUUGGGAGACACAUACAACGGUGAUCAGAUUAAGUAGCAAUUCUUUCAGUGGAAAUAUUCCAACGUCUCUUGGAACUUUAAGUUCUCUUGAGAUAUUGGAUCUUCAUGACAACAAUAUUUCAGGAGAAGUACCAGUUUCGCUGAGAAAUUGCACCCAGCUCAAGGUACUAGACUUGAGUAUAAACAGAUUGAGCGGAGUAAUCCCAACCUGGGUGGGGACACAUCUUCAACAGGCAACCAUCAUCAUCCUUCGCGGAAAUAAUUUCAAUGGGACCAUAUCAAAAGAGCUUUGCAACCUGGAUUCUCUACAGAUCCUGGAUCUUGCAGAUAAUGCCCUGCUCGGUACACUUCCAAAAUGUGUUAACAAGCUAACAUCUAUGAUAUAUGGCUCCGAAGGCGAAGGAAGCCUUUUCUGGCAGUAUGGUCCUACAUUGACAUACUAUGCGAGCUCCUCCAUUAUGAGAGGUGGGAAAAUAGUUGAAUACAGCACAAUUCUUAAUUUCGUAAGGAGUUUGGACCUUUCGAACAACAAAUUGCAUGGCCAGGUUCCUGAAGAAAUCACAGCUCUCGGCGGGUUGCAAUUCUUGAACAUAUCACACAAUUCUCUGACUGGGAGAAUCCCCAAGAGCAUAGGGGACAUGAAGGAGCUUCAAACCCUUGAUCUUUCUCAUAACCAACUGUCGGGCGAGAUUCCUCCAAGCAUGUCGAGCUUGACAUUCCUGAAUGAUUUGAGCUUGUCUGACAACAAUCUGUCGGGAGUGAUUCCUCGGAGUACGCAACUGCAAAGCUUUGAUCCCUCUAGAUUCAGUGGCAACAGCCUCUGCGGGCCCCCACUCGCCAUGCAUUGCAUUGCCAGAGGUGCAAGCCCUGCAACUGAGGAUGGAACAGCAGAAGAAGAAGAUGAUGAUGGGGCAGUGGAUUGGUUUUUCUUCUUUGUGGGCAUUGCCCCUGGAUUUGUUGUUGGUUUUUGGGCAGUAAUUGGUCCUCUGGUGCUCAGUAAAAGGUGGAGGCGUUUUUAUUUCAAUCUUUUUUCAUGGGAUAUUAGGGACAUCCUCUAUUAUUGUCACCACUGACAUUGCAACCUUCCCUCACAUUGUCAAUAGAACUUCCUCCCUUCGUCCUAAAUUAAUCUUCAAAGUUACUAAUAUGG